AAGAAAAGUAAGCAUCCCACAGCUGUUAUGACAUUCAGCUGUUUUUCUAUAAAGGAAUGCAUUGAAUUCACUACAAAUCUACUAACUGUUCCCCUAUGCCAGGCAAGAGACUGACUAUUUUUUUUUUUUUUUGGUUGGGCUUUUCUCUAACAGCUGGAGGUCUGCUAGGCAUUCAAGCAGUGGCUGUUGAGUAGGGCAGCUGUUUCAAUAUCUAAUUGCAUUUUAGCUUUAAUAACUCAAGGGGAAAGCGUUGCAUUGCCUACCAUGAGCUACUUCCUCUCCUACUGCAAAGCACACUGUACUGCAGUGCUCGCCCAGUACCAGACUCUGAGAUCAGAGGGCUUUCUGUGUGAUAUUUUGCUGAAAGUGAAAGAAAAUGAGUUUCCUGCACACAAGUCCCUCUUGGCAUGCUCCAGCGACUAUUUCCGAGCCAUGUUCAAAAGUUACACCCAAGAGUCUAAAGCCAGUGUAAUUCACCUGCAAGUUGUCUCACCCACCGGUCUCCAGCACAUCCUGGAUUUCAUUUACACUUCCUUGUUACCCCUUUCCUUUGAAAGCCUGGAGGAUACCUUGGAAGCUGCAAGCUACUUGCAAGUGACUGAUGCUAUUGGCUUGUGCAAUCAGUACUUAGUUAACAAUCUUGCCUUGGAAAACUGCUGCUUCUCUGCCAACGUGGCCAGGAAGUUCUACCUGCCGGAUGCCUUAGCAGCAACAGAAAAAUACAUUGUCAAUAAUCUCUGGAAGCUGCUGGACUUGGAUUUGACAGGACUGCUCGAGCUGAACUUCAGGUCUUUGCUAGCAGUGGUUGAAUCACCAGAUCUCCCCAUGGUGAAAGAAACGCGCCUGUUGAAUCUCGUGCUGCUGUGGCUGAAGCAGGAUAAACCCAGGCUGGCUCACGCUAGCAGCCUUUUAGAGCACAUAAGAUAUGGCCUCAUCCCGGUGGAAGAGCUGAGGAAAACCUACACACAGUCAGAAGUGCCCCUCUCCGCAGGUAUUAAGUGCUUGAUCAUUAAAGCAAUAAAUUACCAUACAUCUGUUUUCAAACAGCCUGUCCUGCAGGAUAAGUCCACCAUGCUGAGGAACCAGAAAACUCGGAUCAUUCUGCUGGGGGGAGGGACAGAAACCGAGGGGCUCGUCACCGACGUGGUGGCCUUUGACGUUUACAAUCACAAAUGGCGAGUUCUCACGCAGGUGCGGGACAGGGUGCAGAACCACAGCAUGUGCGUGGUGGGCAACUUCCUCUACGUCUUGGGCGGGGAAAUAGAAACCGGUGCCCCGGGUGAUGCUAAAACCGAAAAGAUCUUAGCGGUUACGAACAAGGUCCAUCGUUACGAUCCGAGAUUUAACACAUGGACCCAGAUCACAGGCAUGCUGGAAAAGAGAUGCCAGUUUUCUUGUUGUGUCCUAGGCAAGGAUAUUUUUGCCAUUGGCGGAAGGGGUGAGGAUGGGUCACUGCAUUCGUCUGUGGAAGUCUACAGCAUCAGCAGGGACAGAUGGACGAAGGCCAGGGAAUUGCCGUGCAAGAUACAUGGCCAUGCCAGUGCCAUUUGCAAGAAUAUUAUAUACAUCUCUGGCGGCAAGUACUCAGACCCAGCCAACACAAGCAAGGACGUAUAUUCCCUGAGCUCGCUUGAAGGGCAGUGGAUGAAACAAGCCCCCAUGAGCAUUGCUCGGUUUGGGCAUCAGAUGGCAACAAUUAGAGAAGCCAUAUUCACCUUUUUAGGAUUAUAUGAACCAUUCUCUGAGAUAGAAAGAUAUAACCCUGAUCAAAACCAAUGGACUCGGUUAAGACCACUGAUCUAUGAUCGAUUUUGCUAUGGCCUGGCAGUGGUAGAGGAAACGGCUCUUCUUAUCGGGGGAAAGAAAUGGCAAAACUCACGGGAAGUCCCCACACAAGACGUAGUUGGCUACGACAUCGACAACGACGGCUGGGAAGAGAUCUGCAAAGCCCCCUUGCCUUGGAGCGGGCUGCAGUGCGCAGUGCUGCAACUCUCUGAACUGGCCGAUGAGCAGGACAGCGACAGCCUGCAGAAGAGGCCACCGAACUGCUGAGCUCACGCGCUACGCAAUAGUCACCUUGAGAGAUGAGCCAGCAGGGUGGUCCUGGAGAAGAAGAAAAUUGCAACGGCACUGAACGUGACAGAGUGGAGGUUUUGCUUUGAUAAGCUAAAUGCUUGGUGGAAACAGGCAAGAAAGUCUGGCUCCAGCAUGGGAAAAGGUGUUAGGAUUUCUAGAGCUGGAAGCUGAUCUCACUGAGGAAGGAUGUAGCAAGUAGCACGUUUAGAGGCGAUGAGCGAGAAUCGUUAUCCUUGACUUUUGAAGAAUAAUACCUAGAUAGCAAUUAAUAGGUGUUGCAAGUCAGAUUUUUCAAAGGUUAAAAAAUAUAAUCCAUCUUUUCUGUUUUCUUAAUCAGAGGUAAUUUUCCCAGCUGGUAAGUGCUAUUGAAUUUUUAUGCUAUGGCUAAGCAAAAUGAAAGCGAGC